AUGGCGGGCGGCCAGCCACAGCUCAGCGUGGCCGUGGGGGUGCCGGACGGGGACACCAACGGGGUGCCCAGCAGAGGACAGGCCCUCCCCGACCCAGCCCGGGGCGGCAGCGUCCUCACCUUCCACAACAUCUGCUACCGCGUCACCGUGAAGACGGGGUUCCUGUGCUGGAAAAAAACAGCUGACAAGGAGGUUCUGAGAGAUGUCAAUGGCAUCAUGAGACCAGGGCUGAAUGCAAUUUUGGGACCCACUGGCAGCGGGAAAUCUUCUCUACUUGACAUUCUGGCUGCCAGGAAGGAUCCCCAUGGGCUUUCUGGUGACAUUUUGAUCAAUGGAGCUCCUCAGCCUGCCAACUUUAAAUGUACCUCUGGGUACGUGGUUCAGGAUGAUGUGGUGAUGGGAACCCUGACUGUAAGAGAAAAUUUGAAGUUCUCAGCAGCACUCCGUUUGCCCAAGUCAGUGACGGAACAGGAGAAAAAUGAACGAGUGAAUCAGAUCAUCAAGGAGCUGGGCUUGAGCAAGGUGGCAGAUUCCAAGGUUGGGACCCAGUUCACACGCGGAGUGUCCGGAGGGGAGCGGAAAAGGACCAACAUUGGGAUGGAGCUCAUCACAGAUCCUGCCAUCCUGUUCUUGGACGAGCCAACUACCGGGCUGGACGCCAGCACUGCCAACGCUGUCCUGCUGCUACUGAAAAGGAUGGCAGGACAAGGGAGAACCAUCAUCUUCUCCAUCCACCAGCCCCGGUACUCCAUCUUCCGGCUCUUUGACAACCUGACGCUGCUGGCUGCUGGCAGGGUGCUGUACCACGGGCCUGCCCAGCAUGCCCUCCAGCACUUCCAGGCCAUCGGGUACCACUGCGAGCCCUACAACAACCCCGCCGACUUCUUCCUCGACGUCAUCAACGGGGACUCCACUGCCGUGGCCACCAGCAAGCCCGAGGAGGCCAGGACAGAAAGUACUGAAGAACACCCUGAAUAUGAUAAAACCUUGGCUGAGAGGUUAGCAGAAAAAUACUCCAACUCUGCCUACUACCAAGAAACAAAAGCAGUAUUAGAGAACAUCUCUCUUGGAAAUAAAAAGAAAACCAAGGCACUUUUCCGGCAGAUCACAUACGCCAACUCCUUCCUCCACCAGCUGAAAUGGGUGUCCAGGCGCACAGUCAAAAAUCUGCUAGGAAACCCUCAAGCUUCCAUAGCUCAGCUGUGUGUGACGGCCGUGCUGGGGCUGGUGGUGGGCGCCAUCUUCUUCCGCCUCACGGAGGACUCUGCCGGACUGCAGAACAGAGUGGGUGCAAUGUUCUUCCUGACCACCAACCAGUGCUUCAGCAGCAUCUCAGCCAUUGAACUCUUUGUUGUGGAGAAAAAGAUAUUUACCCAUGAAUACAUCAGUGGGUACUACAGAACGUCUGCGUAUUUCAUCUCAAAGCUAAUGGCUGACUUAAUACCCAUAAGGACUAUACCAAGUAUCAUCUUCACCUGUAUAACCUACUUUAUGUUAGGUUUGAAACCAACAGCAGAAGCCUUCUUCACAAUGAUGUUUACCCUGAUGAUGGUGUCCUACACAGCCACUUCUAUGGCCCUGGCCAUUGCAGCAGGACAGAGCGUGGUCGCCGUAGCAAACCUGCUCAUGACCAUCACCUUUGUUUUUAUGAUUAUUUUCUCUGGGUUGCUGGUCAAUCUCACAAGCGUCAUGUCCUGGCUCUCCUGGCUCAAGUACUUCAGCAUCCCUCGAUACGGAUUGGCAGCUUUACAAAUCAAUGAACUGACUGGUCUGAACUUCUGCGGCAGCAACAACACAAACUUGAUUGGCAACAGUAGUUACCAGCUAAGCCUGAUGCCGUGCACUGGGGAGGAGUACCUGGAAAGCCAAGGCAUCGACGCGAGCACCUGGGGCCUGUGGCAAAACCACCUGGCUCUGGCCUGCAUGACCCUCAUCUUCCUCACCAUUGCCUACCUGAAACUGCACUUCAUGAAGAAGUUCUCUUAA